AUCGGAACGGAGAAGUUCUGUUCUUCUGUUGUAAAUGAUCUGUCGCCUGCCAUACUCUGUUUCACGCAGAGCACUCUCAGCAGGCUGUAGAUCACUCUCCUCUCAUCAUCACUACCUGGUAAGACUAGGAAACCGGGGGGUUACUUUUCCGGCAAACCGUGCGGUAUUUCCGGCGAUCAAAUUAACGGUGAAAGGAAUGGCUUCGGGAGGCGACAAGUUUCCGCCGCAGAGGCAGGAGGCGCAGCCCGGGAAAGAACACGCCAUGGAGCCCACCCCUCAGUUCACUUCCCCAGAGUACAAGCCGUCGAACAAGCUCCAGGGUAAGGUGGCCCUCGUGACGGGAGGCGACUCGGGGAUCGGCAGAGCCGUGGUUCACUGCUUCGCAAAGGAAGGCGCAACUGUGGCCUUCACAUACGUGAAGGGGCAGGAGGACAAGGAUGCUAAAGACACCCUUGAGAUGCUCGGGGAGGCGAAGAGGUCCUCGGGUUCAGACGCCAAGGACCCCAUGGCGGUUGCUGCUGAUCUCGGGUUCGAUGAGAACUGCAAGAAGGUGGUGGACGAAGUGGUCAAUGCUUAUGGGCGGAUCGAUAUACUGGUCAAUAAUGCGGCCGAGCAGUACGAGUGCACCACCGUGGAGGAGAUCGACGAGGGGAGGCUGGAGCGAGUUUUCCGAACUAACAUCUUUUCCUACUUCUUCAUGGUCAGGCACGCGCUGAAGCACAUGAAAGAAGGGAGUGCGAUAAUCAACACGACCUCUGUGAAUGCGUACAAGGGCAAUGCCAAGCUCCUGGACUACACCUCCACCAAAGGGGCCAUAGUGGCCUUCACCCGAGGGCUAGCCCUCCAGCUCGUGGAAAAGGGCAUCCGGGUCAACGGAGUUGCCCCUGGGCCAAUAUGGACCCCGCUGAUCCCAGCCUCCUUCAAGGAGGAAGAGACUGCGAGCUUCGGGUCCCAGGUGCCAAUGAAGAGAGCCGGCCAGCCAAUCGAGGUUGCGCCCAGCUUUGUGUUCCUGGCUUGCAACCACUGCUCGUCCUACAUGACCGGUCAAGUUCUGCACCCCAACGGCGGGACGGUGGUCAAUGGCUGAGGAAAAAGGGGAAGAGGAUGUCUCUAUUUUGUUGCCCUGUUUAAAAUGGAGAUAUAAGAUGACAGUUGUUUUUUUGAUGCUAACUGCUAGCUAUGUAAGGCAUUUCCUAUGGAAAUGUAGCCUUUGAAUGCCAUAGGUUUUUGUUCCUCUCAAUGUAAAAGUUCACUAAAAUGUACAAGUUUACUAUGGCACGAUAAAAAAA